UCCACGGGUGGACGAGAACAUUAGGAUCAUCCGGGUGGAGGAAACGCGUUGAUGAAACACGCGGCGGAGCGCUUCGCGUCGCCGCGAGGAUGACGUUCGUUUCCACGAAGAUCGUGGAGCAUAUUUGAAAUUCCGAUGCGCGUUUCGCGACAGUGCGCCGGCCAUUUUGUCGCUUAUUAGCGAAUAAACAAUCUCCCGGUGCGCGACGUCGCGAUGACGAUCGCGGCGCCGCAACCUGGCUUUCGUGGCCGUCCGGAGCCGCCGUCGCGGCGGUCCCACAUGCGCGCUGAUUUCAAUCUCGAUUGCUCCAAACGCUUCGCCGCGACGCUCUCGCGUGACACACCAAAAAUAGAAAAGCGGCCGGGCCCUAUUUCUUUUGCCAUUUCCGCGGGGAUUUUUGCAUCCGUAACGCGAUAUAUUAUGCGACGUUCGCACGCGCGGAAUGAUUCGCGACUCACGUGCAUGAAACUUUCGAAGCAGAUGGCAAGCCAGACCUUCGAGAUAAAUGAUAUCUAGUCGAACUUGAAGCGAUAAGUUUUCUUCGUAGGAACGCGAGGAAAACGCAAUCUUUAUUGCGAAAUUGUCCUAUCGUUUUAUUUAUUGAGAAUCACGAAAUUACGUGAAGCGUAAUUAUCACGAGACGCAAACAUCAGUGACCAAAAGACUCUACGCAACAUGCCACCAGAUAGGCCAGAUGCAUCAGGUAUCGAAACUGACAUAGAACUGAACUCCACUCAGGACUACAAUUUUGGAAAAGCAGCCUACACGAUGAACGACAGGGAGAAGGAGAACGCCAGCGUGCUAACCGACUCAAAUUCGACCAAGAAAUGUCAGGGUGAAAUUCCUAGAUGCGAAAAAUCCAUCGAAAAGAACAAUCAGUCGGAUGACGAAUUGACCUCUCUCAGUUGGCUGCAUCAGCAGAAUUUACUUAAGGGUUUAGAAAUUUCAAACCCAUCUAAAGACAUGAAACACGAAAAUAUGUUGAACAACAAUAUCUGUGAGGAUAUGGCAGAUUUUUCGGAGAACACGAACUCUAUAUCAAGCUUGGACGAUAGCUUCUGUCCAGAAAGUAACGGAAAGACAAACGUCGUAACGCUAAACGGAAACGGACAGAACUAUCAGCAUCCCACGAAGAAUUGUCCGAAAUCGAUGCAAAUAUUUCAGGAAUCUGCGAAAAGUCACUGCAAUACUUCGCCAAGUAAUCAAACGAAGAUUUCUUUGAGCAACAAUAAUUUGCCAAUGUCUAAUCGCAACAAGCAUCCUACCCAUAUACCGUAUGAUCCUCAUUUACACAGAAAUAGUAAACCACCGUAUUCAUUUUCCUGCCUAAUAUUCAUGGCCAUCGAGGACAGCCCUGUAAAAGCGCUACCCGUGAAGGAGGUUUACGCGUGGAUCCUGGACCGCUUUCCGUACUUUAGAAACGCCCCUACCGGAUGGAAGAAUUCUGUCAGACAUAAUCUGAGCCUUAACAAGUGUUUUCGGAAAGUGGAGAAAGCUCCGAAUCUAGGCAAGGGAUCGCUUUGGAUGGUGGAUGCACAAUAUCGGCCAAAUCUGAUGCAAGCGUUGUCCCGCGCUCCCUUCCCCCCUCCCACGACUCAGAAUCUGUCCGCGUCGGAGAAAACGCCCAGGAAGUGCGCGAGUACGCGUCUCCCGGAUCCGAUUCUCUUCCCGUAUCUAUCCAAAAGACUGGCAUCCAGCAAUAUCAGCGACAACGCGGAAACUGAAAUAGACAGCGACGUUGAUGCGGCAGCUGCCGCCAUGCUUUCUUUCAAACAUGGACCCAUCAUUUUAAAUCACAACAAAGAUCGUAAGCGAAAGUUGCCGGAAUCUGAAAAGCUGGUACCUGUGAUUACCAGAAGUUCCAGCGAAGAUCACACUUACAGCUGUAUUACCUCGAUAAAAUUGGAAAGCAAACAUUCAAGCGAGGAGGAGUUAAAUCCGGAUUUUGAUGAGCAGAGGAAAAUUGCCGAAGGCGCGGACGCGCUUUUGAAUUUGGCUGGUGUCACCACAGCGCUGAAUCACAGCAGAACGCAUCACGUAACGCAAGGUAUUAAUCCGGCGUCGAAACCGGAAGGUAUUUCAAAGCCAAAAAGACGUUCUACGACGAGUGAUUAUUCAAGCACUCCCGAAAAAAGGCGUAAGAGAUGGCGGGAGUGGGGGGAGGGAAACCGGCACCUGAAGCAGAUUAGAGGUUAACGUUAACAAAUUUUACACUUUACGAGAGGUAUAUAAAAAUAUUAAUAUAACAUUAAAAUCUUUCCGUUGCGCUCAACGAAUGGAAAAUAUUCUGUCAUCUAGCAACAAAUUUCUAAAGGUACUUUUAUUUUCUUUUUCUUGUUUUUUUUUUUUAAAUAACUACUUGCAAAAUUCUUUGUUCAUUUCUAAAUGUGACAACAAUUUCUAUGAGAGUUUCUUUGAUCUGGUCAUAGACAUACAGCGCAUGUAACUUCUUCCAUAAUUUCUAGUUGAGCUAGAAAGGUGAGGGUUGUUGGAUGCAUUUUGAAAUGAUUGGUGGUGUGGUUGCUCAGGGUUUACAACAUGCUAUAUGCCAAAAUACAUUCGGUAGCACUAAACAACAAGCAAUAAUAGAGAUGUAGUGUUAAAGAGAUACUUUUUAAACACGCUGUUGAAAUGCAAUUGAAUAAUUCAUGGAAUAUCAAUGAAGGGAAUGGCGAUUAUCUACGUUAACGGACACACCUGCGAUAAUCUUGAUUUUGAGAUACGUCGCAAGAACGAGGAUGCCGAUUGACUUUGCGAUGGGUGUGAUAGGUCUUAUUUUGCAUAGAAAGUGAAAUGAUGAGCGCGUGGCGGAGUAUCGAAUAUUUACAUGACCGAGAGUAUUUGAAACAUCAGCUAAAACAAAAUGAAACGUUAAUCAGCAUAUGAAUCCUCGCUGUUACACAUAUCAAGAUCAAGUUGUCUGAACUCUUUCGUUAACGUAAAUAAUCGCCGAAAUUAUUAUUAUUACGUACUGAAGUAAGUAAUGAUAAUCAUUUUAGAAUUGUUGUGAGACGAUUAUACAUAUUAAGUCAUAGAGAGUUUAAUUAAUAAUAGAGUUCUAUAUCAGUUUUUUUUUUGUAGAUAUGUAUAGAGAUCAUAAUUAACAUCUAUACUGUCAUGAGAGGUCUGUCGCGGAAGUAACGGGAUUGAUUCUUUUUCGAACGCAACAUGGCGUCUUCCAACACCGUUCAAUUUGAAAUAGAAAAUACCCAGUGUUCCCAUUCUCGCUAAGAAAGGACUCGGAAUCGUUAUUCUCGCGACAGACCGUGUACUCGAUAGAGAAAUUGAUAAUAUAUUUAAAAAAAACGACUACAAACGCAUACACAUUUCUAUGAUAUGUGUAUAUAUGUAUAUAAGAUGUAUGUGCAUGUAUAUGCAGAUGUACACAUUGCACGCAUUAAGAUCGAACAUACUCAUUCAUGUAUAUACGUACAAGGUGUUCCCAAAUUUCUGUUUUGAGAGAGCGCAAGACUUUAGGGGAAAAGCUGGAUCGUGGAAAUUCGCAUUUCUUUUUUUCUCUCCUUUCGGCAGCAAUUUACGAAUUCCGCAAGCGAGUAAUCAGUAUAAAUCACAUGAUCGAGCUCAUUAAUUAAUUAUAUAUCGUGGAUUUUAUUGAACAUUAAAUUCUCGGCGAUUCGAAGAUUACUGCUCGUUGUUGAAAAGCGCGUAAGCAUUUUUUCACGACUCAGCUUUCCACAGACGUUUCGCUGUGGCGCUCUUCGGUACGCGAAAUUGAGGGCACCCUGCACACGAAAUAUACCAUGUGCAUCGUUGCACAUGUGUACAACAUAUGUGCCACAAACGUAUUAUCAAAAAAAAGAUGAAGAAAAAAAAGAGGAAAAAAAGGAGAUACUGAGAUAUGUUCAACAAUGGUUUUGGAAACGAAGAAACUUUAUCAUUUCACGUCUUUUUCUACUCUCUUUGUGGCUUUCAAGAUGAUUUUAGACAGUGUUGUAUAUAUGUAGACCUUCUAAUGUAUCCAUAGACCAGUUUUGGUGAUUCAGUUCGAGACUGAAUAUAUAAGCGAUCGUGCUGAUGAUAAUAUCGAUCGGAAAGAGAUGAGGAGUAGCGUUACCAUGGAGACAACCUAUUUUUAUAAAAAAAAAAAAACCGUAACACUAAGGAGAGAAGUUUGAUAAUACCUUGUAAUUGUAAGAUAUCGUGUGCCGCGCAGCGGCACGCGCGAGAGAAAAAUAUUAGGCAAACUGGUCGUGCAUACAUUAACAUUUCUAGUUCUAUAUAGAGAGAACAUAUAUUUUUACAGGGCGCUGCCCGCGUGAUAAAGGCUCUUCCUAAUGAUUCGCUGGUAUGCAAAUUUAUUAGCUUAAAUAUCACUACAGAGUGUAAAUUUAGUGAUCUGGAAUGAACACACUAUUGUAGCGCAACCUGAUCGAUUUCUACAUAUCAAUUCAUGAUGCGUGCGAAACAAUUGCUCCGACAAUUUUGUAGAGAUACAUCUUGUUUGUCAUUUCUCGAAACGCAGGGUUACUUAUCGUGACGAUCCUUCGCUGUAUCGGGCGAAGAGUCGUCAUCGAUACUGUAGAAUAUCAAAUCGUUGAUUAAACGCACAUUUGCAUAUGUAGAAUUCAAGUAAUUACAAAUCGAUCACACACUUUCGCAAAACAUUCAACAUAUUUGUUUCUAUUGAAGCAUUGGAUUAGUUCUGGCAAUGAUUGAGUUAUAGAUCACGAUCUUUCUGGACAAAAGAUACUUUUCUUUUCUUUUUUUUUUCAAAGAGAAUUUGAGAACACGAUUUGCAUAAUGGACUUUGACUAGGAUGCGCUACAUCCAAUAUUUUAUGUGAUUGUAGCUAAGUCGGCUACACCAGAAAAGAAUUCAAUCUGAAGGUGCAAGAAAGAAUGCCAUGCGCUCAAUAUGAUGAUAUCGGGUAUAUUUAAGAGAAAAAUAACUCCGUAAUAACAUAAUUUAAAAAUCUAUAAAAA